CUUCGGAGCAUCGAAGUACACAUAAUACAAAUCCGCGAUAGCCGAUGUUCCGGUCCCGAUCGCGAUCGUGUCCGAUCGCGCCUGGAAGUGUGCAAGAUUAUAGUGGGUGACUGUCAGUGCGAGCGUGAGGAAGGUAGGAGAAAUUAAAACCGAAAGAAAGAAAUAUCCAACGGUACAUACCAGCGUUGUUGGUUCAGUUUGCUUCGCAUCCAGCCAAUGCUGACUCAGUUCAUUUCUACCUUCCGUCGGCUGUGAACAUAGCAUACGCGGUGUGCGUGAUUUGUGACAGAUCGAGUGAAAUUUUUGAGUGGGUGCGAAAAGCCACGAUUUGUUUGCAUGGAACGGAACCUUUUGGCGGUACAGUCACACUUGAGAUGCAAUUCGAGUAACGAAUUACUUUACGAUAACCUAAGGGAGAAUGUGUGUGUAGUAUUAAAAGUGAUGACCCACUUGUUAAGAGGAAGUGAAUAAAAAUUGACGUGUGAAGAAUCAGGUUUCAGUGAAAAUAGAAGUGAUCCAUUAAAAACCGACAAAACGCCACUGGGCCAGUGGGUGGAAUUUCGUCUGAGCUGUUCCAAUCCACGCACCUAAUUUGAGCAUCUAAUUGGAUUUCGGUUCGAGGGUUUCGAUCGACUGUUCUGGCGGAUGCUGCGUGAAUGACCGAAAAACACAGGAACAGAAUUACAUAAGUUGUGCGAUGAUAUCAAGGCAUCAAUGACAUUAUGUUCCGCUCCAUAGUUACUACAGAUAACAAACCCACACUGAUCGUACGAAUGGAUGGAUAGCGAAUAACAUGUUGUAAAUUAUCAACAUAAACAAACCUAUACUUGUAUUCGCUCUCGGAGAGGACCUGCAGUGCAGAAAGAGUGAGACUUUGAGAGUUUGCCAUAAUCUACUAUCAAAAUGAGUGAACUGGUUGGAGCCGCCUUCGGUUCGGUAGCAACGGCGGCUUCAAGCAUAGGCUGGUUCGUGCCUAUGCUAGUGGCGGCUAUUGCAUACUUUCAGUAUGAAGAGUUCAUGGAUCCAGAGGCAAGAGUGAUUGACGUUCCGACGGAUGCAAUGCUGGACAAAUAUGAUUUUAUAAUAAUAGGCGCGGGCUCGGCGGGUGCGGUACUAGCGAAUCGACUCACAGAGGUUGAAAACUGGAAUGUAUUGCUACUGGAAGCCGGAGGCGACGAGACGGAAAUCUCUGAAGUACCCUUAAUGGCGGGUUACCUACAGUUGAGUAAACUAGAUUGGAAAUACAAGACGGAACCAUCCGGGAAAUAUUGUUUGGCUAUGGUUGGUGGACGCUGUAAUUGGCCUCGGGGAAAGGUUUUAGGAGGUUCGAGUGUACUGAACUACAUGCUGUACUUGCGUGGCAACAAAAAGGAUUAUGAUAAUUGGGAAGCACUAGGAAACACCGGCUGGGGUUAUAAAGAUGCUUUGUAUUACUUUAAAAAAUCUGAAGACAACACCAAUCCCUAUUUAGCCAACACACCAUAUCAUUCUACAGGAGGUUAUUUGACAGUAGGAGAAGCACCUUACCAUACGCCAUUGGCGGCGGCUUUUGUAGAAGCCGGUGUCGAGAUGGGUUUUGAUAAUAGAGAUAUUAACGGAGCUAAACAAACAGGAUUUAUGAUAGCCCAAGGUACGAUUCGACGAGGUGGAAGAUGUAGUACUGGUAAAGCGUUUUUAAGACCAGCCAGACUUAGAACCAACUUGCAUGUAGCUAUGUACUCACAUGUGACCCGUAUACUAAUUGACCCGGUGUCUAAAGUUGCUUUUGGAGUCGAAUUCAUUCGUGAUAGAAAGAUUCAUCGAGUGCGAGCAAGCAAAGAAGUUAUCCUCUCGGGCGGAGCCGUAAACUCACCACAAAUCUUAAUGCUUUCCGGAGUUGGACCGAAAAGCGAACUCGCGAAACAUCGGAUUCCCUUGAUAAGCGAUCUUCCGGUGGGCGAAAAUUUGCAAGAUCAUGUUGCUCUUGGGGGUCUCACAUUCAUGGUGAACCAACCGGUUUCAAUCGUAGAAAACAGAUUUCAUUCAAUGUCAACUGUUCUGCAAUACGCAGUAUUAGGACAAGGACCCCUAACCAUUUUGGGAGGUGUUGAAGGAUUGGCAUUCGUCAACACAAAAUAUGUCAAUGCAUCGGAUGAUUUCCCGGAUAUAGAGUUUCAUUUUGUUUCCGGAUCUACUAAUUCCGACGGUGGAAAUCAGCUACGUAAAGCUCAUGGUUUAACAGAUUCGUUUUAUAAUGCUGUGUUUUCACCUAUCAAUAACAUGGAUUCUUGGAGUAUCAUACCAAUGCUUUUACGACCAAAAAGUUACGGUCAGAUCAAGCUCCGAAGUGGCAAUCCAUUGGACUAUCCUUAUAUCUAUCCUAAUUAUUUCCACGACGAGUUAGACAUGAAGACGUUAAUCGAGGGAGCAAAAAUAGCGUACGCCGUAUCCAGGACACAGACAAUGCAAAAAUAUCAAUCUACGUUAAGCGCAUACAAAUUCCCAGGGUGUUCGCACAUCAAGAUGUUUACCGACCUUUACUGGGAGUGUAUGAUACGGCAUUAUACCUGCACAAUUUAUCAUCCCGUGGGUACCUGUAAGAUGGGACCCUAUUGGGACAAAACGGCUGUCGUAGAUCCCCAAUUGAAGGUUUACGGUGUUAGGGGUCUGCGUGUGAUUGAUGCCAGUAUCAUGCCAAAAUUAGUCAGUGCCAAUACAAACGCACCGGUUAUCAUGAUUGCCGAGAAGGGAGCCGAUCUUAUAAAAGAUUUCUGGAUCAAACGAAGUGUGGUGAAGUAGUGGGACAUGUAAGACAUACGAAUUUUGUAUAUAGUAUAUUACUGAACCAUGCUAGGAUGUAUUUAUUGACCUUCAGUUAAGUUUAGAAAACAAAGUGUCAUUAACUAGUUUUAAUUGAUCGAGGCAUGAUCAAAAGUAAACUUAAGUGGAUAAUUGUGAUCUUCGAAUCGUAAGCGAAAUAAUAUCUCAUAAUACAUAUAAACAUUUGGUAGUAAUAAUUUCUUUGUAGUACAGUAAACCAAUUUUGUUCAUAUAUGUUAAUGUCAUUUGAAUACAACGUGCGUAGAUUCUUAA